CCUAUCCGGUCUGCGAAACCGAGAGCGCAAGCAAAGCAAAGCAAGCGAGCAGGAAGAGUUGGGCUGUCCCCAGGUCCGCGCGAUGGCACCUUUCGCGGUCGUGUGAUCAUGCACCCCACGAGUUUCGAUCUGCAGAUGGUCCAAUGAGCUGUUCCAUGAAGAGUUCCGCAUUUCUGCCCACUUUUAUAUUGGAUGCAGCUGUUGCCGCGGGGUCGGAGGCUUCUUCAACGGUCAUGCUGCGAGCUUCCGGUGGACUUCGGCGACCGAAUUUCAGCACAUGGUUGCGAUUUUCUUUUCCUCCUCGAAGGAACCAUUUGCCAGCUUGCAUUAGUCGCAUCAGCCUCGGCAGAAGCAGGGAGAGCUGGGAUCGGACUCCCCCCGCCCCCGGUUUAAGAUCCACUUCGCUCAUCUUCUAGAUGUGUCAGCUGACAACCGCAGCAGAUGUGAGGUUCUCGUUCUCUUCCAAGAAAGGGAACAGAAUCGCAAGCGCCUUGGGGACAAAUCGAACGAUUGACUGAGCGAGUGAAUGCGUGAAACUGCGAGUAGCUCUGUCUCCACGACUCGACUUAGGCAUAUGCGUGAGACUAGAGAGACCAGAGGCCAGCUGUAGGAACCGGUUCCGAGAUCGAUCAAGAAAGGGCAAGGCUCGUGAAGCAGAAAAUUGGGACAGUAGACGAGGAAAUGAUCUCGUAGGGGAGUCGACUUGAAGGUUCUUCCGAGAUGGGGCUGACGAUUUCGAGGGUGUUUCGGAGCCUCUUCUUCUUCGCGAGGCUAAUUAAGAAGGAGAUGCGAAUUUUGAUUGUGGGGCUGGAUGGGGCCGGGAAGACCACAAUCCUGUACAGGAUGAAGCUAUCACAGGUCGUCGACGCGAUUCCGACCAUCGGAUUCAAUGUCGAGACCGUCGAGUAUAAGAAUAUCAGUUUCACGGUGUGGGAUGUCGGAGGCUCGGCCGGCAGGCGGCAGUUCUGGCGGCACUACUACGCGAACACGCAGGCGGUGAUCUACGUCGUGGACAGCGGCGACAGGCUCCGUCAGGCCGAGGCCUGUCACGAGCUGCACAGCAUGUUGCAAGAGGAGGAGCUUCGCGGCGCAGCGCUGCUGGUGUUCGCCAACAAGCAGGAUCUGCCCGGGUCCAUGAAAGAACCCGAGGAGUUCGAGGAGGCGCUUGAUCUCGCGGCCUUGCGCGAGAAGAGGCCCCUGCAUCUCCAGAGGGCGUCCGCUGUGACCGGCGAGGGCCUUCUCGAGGGUCUGGAAUGGUUGUUCAUCACUCUCACGAACAAAUCCAUCAAGUCCUGAUCAAUCCAUCCAUCCAACCUCUCUCGUGGCUCUCUCGCUCGCUCGAUCGAUUGAUUGAUCGGUCGACAGUCUCUCCGGAACCUACUGAGGCUCUACGGCACUUCUAUCCAGCAAGAGCCUGUACAGAUUUCCGCCUCGAUUCAGUGGCUAGGGGCACAUUCUGGUCGGCAGGCGCAGUAACUUCACCACCACGGAACGCAAGAGUUUGUGCGAAGGCGCUGGCGAACGACCGAAUGGAGAACUCGUCGUGAGCUGACAGGGGGGACGACAUUCUCACGACGAUGACGUGGGCCUCGACGAAAGCCCGAAAACACCACGUGUACAUACAUUCAUCAUCACCCGGGGCUUCCUAAGGACAACAUAUCUCUAAAAUUCAUGUAAAGUUCGGAGGAAAGUUUAGUCGACGGAUUCUGGAAACUCUUUCCAGAAUCCGCUCUUCCAAAGCCGCAAUACCAAAACCUAUAGACCCCCCUCCCCCGUUCACAUACCCGCAAGAAGCGGAAACCAAAACAGCAAUGCAAAAUUACACUCACUACCUACAGACUCCAAAUCUCCGCUCGUUUCAGCGUACUGUCACACGACCGAAGCCGAUCGACGAUAUCCUGUGUCCAGUAAUGUGUACGGAAAUUCGAUCCUGUCGCUGCUGAUUUCUGAUCUCGAAGCCGAACCACGUCCAUCAUCCGACCAGGCUUUGCGCACCAGAUUUCGGUGGUCUACUGAAAGUACUGCGUUGAUCACCGACCGAGGCACACGAUGAACUUCGUACCCGAGUAAGUGCAGCUGUCAGGCUGCGCGUCACUGCUUCUUUUGGGAGAUGAACGAAUUCACUAGUGGGAGCAGGCUCGGAACUUUCCAGUUAUGAGGAUUCCCGGAGUGUGGCAGAGCUGGCGUACAGCGAACGCCAACUAUGGUUUGCAGUUCUGGUAGAUCUUGCAGGCGGACGGGUUGCUCCAUUGUAUUUCGGACAUCGAUGAUGAUUCGCAUGGAGGAGAGCGUACACGACGAUACCCAGUGUCCAGUGCUUCGAACGGAAAUUCUAUCGUGUCGAAAGUAGCUUGGGGACGACGAUGCCUUGAAGCUCGGCCGCAACUCCGUCGCUUGAUGCAAGGCGAUGGGAGGGGAUCCACAGCCUAUAGUGGUCCCAGUUGCAAUUCGACAAAUUUGGUCCAGCGGACUGUACACUCAUCAAGCCCAUCGAGCCAAAUAGCUUUAGUUUCAAACCGGAGCUUUAGUUUCGGCUACAGAGCCCACAUGCCGGAUCCACUGCCGCAUGCUGUAGAGAAGUUUCCAGAGCACAUACAUGUGGAAACUCACUGGCAUGAUGCGUCCGGUGAUGUGAACAACCGCACCAUAUGACGAGAGGAACGUGAUUGAGAAGAUUGUGUUCCGGCUAGAACCGAUUAAAUCAGAAGUUCACGGAUGCGAUUGUGAGCAG